UCCCUAUGUUCACAAGCAUCAAGCACUAAACACACCAAGCCUUUUAAUUACCCUCUCUCUCUCUCUCACCUCUCAAUUACUCCAGCUAAUAUUGACAAUGGCAAAAGCAGGAUUGUCUGCAGCUUCUCUUCUGCUCUUUCUCUUCAAUUUCUGCCUGCGAGGGGCCUAUGGUGACUACGGGGGAGGAUGGGAAGGUGGUCAUGCUACAUUCUAUGGUGGUGGUGACGCAUCUGGCACAAUGGGAGGUGCUUGUGGAUAUGGCAACCUAUACAGCCAAGGCUAUGGGACUAACACUGCAGCACUUAGCACCGCCUUGUUCAACACUGGAUUAAGCUGCGGUUCUUGCUAUGAAAUGAGAUGUGACAAUGACCCCAAAUGGUGCCUGCCCGGAUCCAUCAUCGUCACUGCAACAAACUUCUCCCCUAACUUUGCGUUGUCCAAUGACAAUGGUGGCUGGUGCAACCCUCCCCUCCAGCACUUUGACUUGGCAGAGCCUGCCUUCCUGCAGAUUGCUCAAUACCGCGCUGGAAUUGUCCCCAUUUCAUUCAGAAGAGUCCCCUGUACGAAGAAAGGAGGAAUCAGGUUCACCAUUAACGGUCACUCUUACUUCAACUUGGUCUUGAUCACAAAUGUUGGCGGUGCUGGAGAUGUCCACGCAGUGUCAAUCAAGGGCUCCAAAACAGGAUGGCAACCAAUGUCAAGGAGGGGCCAAAACUGGCAGAGCAACUCCUACCUCAACGGCCGCCUCUCCUUCCAGGUCACCACAAGCGAUGGCCGGACCGUGACCAGCAACAACGUGGUGCAGAGGAAGUUGGCAGUUCGGACAAACAUUUGAGGGCGGUCAGUUUUAAGAGUUUCCAGGGCAAAAGAAUGUCCUGGAAAAUGGAAGUGCGUGUAUCUAUUGUGCCACUGUUUGAGACAGGGGAAGGAACAAGAGGGAGAGUAUAGAGUAGGAGAGGCUCAGUCCCAUGUGGCUGUCUAUUGCUGAGGUGGUUCAUUGGCACCCGCUAGGCCUUCUUUUAUGUAUUUUCAUUCAUCAAAAGGGUUGUGAGCUUUACAGUUUUCUCUCUUUAAAAGUAAACAGGGGAUAUUCCAUAGUCUGGCUUCUGUUUAAUUCAUAGCCAUUAAUGAAUAUCAAUUCAAGAUCUCUUUACUUAAUUCCAA